AUGGAAUCCAAGAGCGUCAAAUGUUUUCUUAAUGCCAAAACAAUUCUAGUCACCGGUGUAACCGGUUUCCUGAGAAAAAUUUUUGUGGAAAAGAUACUCAGAGUUCAGCCAAAUGUGAAGAAGCUGUAUCUUUUUCUGAGAGCUAAGAAUUGUGAAUCUGCAAACCAACGUUUCAACGAUGAGAUUAUAGGAAAAGACUUGUUUACAUUGCUGAAGGAAAAUCAAGGUAUAAAAUUCAACUCCUUUGUCUCUGAAAAGGUGACUAUAGUACCCGGAGACAUUUCACAAGAAGACUUGAAUUUGAAGGAAUCAAUUCUAGAGGAGGAGAUUUGUAAUCAAACAAAUAUUAUUGUUAAUUUGGCUGCAUCAACUAGAUUUGAUGAAAGAUACGAUGUUGCAUUGAAUAUAAAUACAUUAGGAGUCAAGAAUGUUUUGGACUUUGCCAAAAAAUGUGUUAAACUAGAGGUGGUUGUCCAUGUUUCAACAGGAGAUUCAUCCAAGUGGUGAGGAAGGUCAUGUAAUGUUAUUUUAGAAGGGACACAUUUGGAUUAGAAUCUCAAGCUUCCACUAUCAAAGAAUCUUUGAAAUCAUGACCUUCAAUUUCUAUUGACGUGGUAUCUACAGAUAAAGUUGCUGCUAAGGAGGCUAAGAUUGAAGCAUUAACCGUUGAUGGGUGAUGAAGUUUAGCUUUAGUUGCUUUCUUUAAAGUAUUUUUGUUAAAUCAAUUAUAUGUAUUUUUGUGUAGUGGACAACUUUAAGUUUGAUAUUGUUUAGCGUCGUAGUGGUGUACUUGAUUGUUACUUUGUAAGAAUGACAUAUAUUUGGUGUCAAUCCAAAA